AAAAAUCUCUAUAUGCAAAACACUGAAAUUGAAAAGGUAGACAGCAUUAGGAUACUCGGACUCAACUUUGACCACAAGCUAACCUGGGGACCACACAUUAAAUAUCUAAAAACCGUAUGUACAAAAAAAAUGAAUAUCAUAAAAACUUUAGCAAAUAAUAGCUGGGGAGCUGACCAAGAAAUUAUUAUACAAACCCACCAGGCAUUAAUUCGAUCUAAAUUGGAUUACGGGUCAGUAGUGUAUAACUCAGCUAAACCCAAUACCCUGAAAGCAAUCGACUCAAUUCAUAAUGCCGUUUUAAGAUUAACCACGAGAUGUUACAGAACUAGUCCCAUAAAUAGCAUACUAUUAGAAUCAAAAGAACCACCGCUAGAACAAAGAAGGAAAUACCUAAGCCUAAAAUACGCAGUUAAAAUCUCCUCCACUCCAAAUAAUCCUACCUACAACAACAUAUUCACUAAUAGGUAUACACACCUACAAACCAAAAAACCUAAGUCUCCAAAUUCAUUCUAUGGAAAAAUUGCCAAAUACGAGAGUCUUGCUGAUAUCACAUCGACCCCGAUCAUCCUACGUAAACAUAGGAAACCAGCUCCCUGGACCCAAAAAAUUCCAGAUACCAACACCGACCUCGCACUAUUCCCCAAAGGUCAAGUUACUAGUAUUGAACAUAGAUUUAAUUUUCAGCGACUAUGUAACAAAUUCCCAAACCACCAAAGGAUACACACUGAUGCAUCAAAAAAUGACCACCAAGCAGUAGGAGCUGCCGUCGUCUGCAAUAGCACGAUCUAAAAAAUCCCUCUCCCAAAAGCCGCAUCCAUCUUCACAGCAGAAGCUUGAGCAGUUCUUGAAGCCUUAAACUACGUGCAGGGCAAUACUGUCAACCCUCCUAUAAUGCGAACAAAUGAAGAAUAUUACUUACAGUAUUGUGUAAUGUUGUGCAAUUAUAAACCACAAAUUAAGCAGCAAAAAGCUAAACGAAUGGACGGUGCAGAUAAAAUUUUAGAAAGAAUUGGUCACCAACGAGACGUACUGUGAAAGACCUCUGAGACGACUGAAACCGAUGCCGUAAACGGCUAAGAGAUAAGCUUGAAUGUUUAUAUAAACAUAUCCAGUUAAAACCAUACAUUGGAUGCACGGAAAGAACUGAUGGGACGUUGUUGAACGGAAACCGCGCUGUAAGAGUACCGCGUUAUAGGAGGGCUGUCGCAAUUUCAGCUCCGCGUUAUAUGGAAACCGC